AUGGAUUCCGAGGAGGAGCGUGACUCGAAACAGGUGUCGUCUCCGUCCAGCGUAGAAUCACGGGACGAAGAAGAUGUUCGAUUGUUCGAAGAAGAAUUCAAAAAGCAUGGGGAUUACGACUUUGACGCCUCAAAAGUAGGAAGCAUUGUGGUUUUUUAUCCUCUUGUCUUCGGGAGUAGCGAGUAUGCAACAGAACCAGAAACAGACGGAGAAUUGAUGGAGAGGUUAUCCAAGAUCGCUCUUAAGGAACACAAUGAUAAUAAGAAGACGAAUUUUGAAUUAGUGAGAGCUGUCAAGGCUAAUUGGAGUCUUGGCGGAGGAAACAUUUUCUCCAUCACACUCGAGGCCAAAGAUGCUUCUCUGCACAGUGGGCCUGUACCUUUUCAUGCUAGGGUUUCCUACAUUCCAGGGGGUACAAAGGUCUUCGAUAUCAACCCUAAACCUCAACCUAAGCCAUGA